AUGAGCAGCAGUAGCAGCUAUCGGCAGUCGCUGCCUCUACCGCCCAACUUCUUCACAUGUCCGCCGCUACGCGAAGACGAGAUCAAGCACAUGAAGCACCUGGCCGUAACCAUCGCCACCGAAGUGGUGGAGCACUCGCAGCUUCGAGACGGCGGCGUCGCAUGGACCCUUCGCGCAGACGAAGGCAACAUGCGCUUCUUCAAGGCGCCGGACCCGCUGCACCGCGUGGGCGCGCACAUGUUUAUGAGCGUCGUGGAGGUCGCGGGCACGUUGGAUGAAGUGAUCGACUUGUUCCGAACUGACACGACGUUCAAGGCCAAGGAGUAUGUCAAGCGAUUCGGCAAGGGGCUGCUGGACGCCGUCAACUUGUACACGAUUGUAGACCCGACGCCGGACUUUCCCAACGAAAAGAUCGCUGUGACGUGGUUUGCCAUGAAGAGCCCGUUUGAUAAGAUCGUCGCCAACCGAGAUUGUGUCAUGCUCGAGUGCCAACACGAGUUUGAGUGGACUGCCGGGCGUCGGGCGUGGGUUCGUGGGCUGCAGUCGGUGGCUCUGCCGUGCUGUCCAGACAUGCAGUCGACAUUGGGGCUGGUUCGAUCUACGCAGUACGGCGUCGGCCACGUCGUGCUCGAGUCCCUCGAUCGCCCAGGGUACCUCCAGAUUUCAUUUCUCAACCACUUUGACGUCAAGGGCACCCCACCCGAGUGGCUGAUCGAGUUGGGUAUGAAGAAGCGAUGCAAGAGCAUCCUCGAUAUUGAACUGUACCUGCGCGAAGACCGCCUCGGGCGGGGGGUUGUGCUGUCGCCGGCGGACUUUGUACCACUAACAAGGCGCCGGCACUGCUUUCUCUGUCGAAAGCGGUUCCGUCCGUGGACGAAGCGGUCUAACUGUAUGAAGUGCGGCGAAGUCCUCUGCCGCGGAUGCAAUCCCUCGUGGAAUGUCAAGUUGCACCACGGAACCGUGCACUCUAUCAUCCAAGCAUGCAUUCGAUGUGCCCAGGGCCAGCAACAUCCGGAUAAUGUGUUGCAUGGCGACGCGAUUCACGGUACAACUACUACACACAGCCACGCCAGUAGCAGCAGCAACGGGAAGAUUGUUGAACCUCGUCGCAUACACGCACCGUCGUACAUCUUGAAUGACGAGUAUGAUUACGCCGCAGGUCGUGCCAAGUAUCGGGGAUCGCCGUCGUCGGUUGCGUCUACUUCGUCAGUGUGGACAACGUCGUCGGGGGUGACCAAGAGACAGAUGGGGCGUCGGUUCUUAUCCACCAGUUGCGUUGCUCCUGCCUCCCCCCAACAUCAACCUUUUCUGUCGACGAAUCACUUGGUCCUGCACGAUGUCACAGACGACGACGUGGCGUCUCGAAAACAAACCAGUAGCCGUAGCCGUACUAGCAGUACGAGUGACGAUGGCGGCAGCUGUAGUGAAGCCGUGUGGCUAACGCUGUCGCAAGGUCGUGGCGGCGAGUUUGUCGUGCAUUCGCCAGCGUCGAUGGGUGGCGAUCAACAAACCAAUCACAACAUCGAUCGUCACCCCGUAUCGUAUAUCGAGGGUACUCAUCUCCACCACCACCACCACGCUAAGAUGAUAACUGCACCGUUGCUCCUUCCAUCAACUUCUACGAAACAACACGGACACCAACGCGUGCUGAAUCCCCACCAUCCUGCGACGACGUCCGACGGCCGAGCGGCGGCAGCAGCCUGGACAACUCCCUCGGCCAUCACAUUGCGACCAUCUAUAGAUUCCACGGCCAGCGAUGACCUGCACAUGCUUACCACUCAAUGGACGAUCGACCGUACCCGAUAUCGCCAUCGCUCGUCGUUUGAUCAUGACACUCUAGACAAAACACAAGCACGUCACGACACUUCUCGUACGACGUCCCAACCAACAAGGGACUCAAGUUUACAUGGCCCUAUCUACUUGGAAUGA